AUACCCCCAACACUCAUUCCCUUUUAACGGCAUCAAAAUUUGCGUCUAACUAACAUUUCAACAACUUGUUUGAUUUACGAGUUCAGCCAUGAAGAGAGGAAGAGAUUUGGAUUUGGACACGGCCAACUGCUUAAUGUUACUGUCGAAAGUCGGCGACACAAAAGCCAACGUUAAUGAUAAGGUCGAUGAUAAUCACUUCGUGGUGAUCAAGAACGAAACAAUAUCGCCGGGUCGAGUUUUUACGUGCAAGACAUGCAACCGGGAGUUCCCGUCGUUCCAGGCGCUGGGAGGGCACAGGGCCAGCCACAAGAAGCUGCCGAAGCUGUUCUCGGCCGACGAAGCGCUGUCGCCGGCGGCCUCGCCGCCGAAGCCGAAGACGCACGAGUGCUCCAUCUGCGGCCUCGAGUUCGCCAUCGGGCAGGCCCUCGGCGGACACAUGAGGAGGCACAGACAGCAAGUGGCAGAUCACCAUGAUCAGCCUGCAGUUGCACGUGACAGACAAUUAUCCCAUGAUCAUGAUGAUGAUGAUUAUAAGGCGGCGGCACAGCUGGUGCCGGUGCUGAAGAAGUCGAGCAGCAGCAAGAGGAUUUGCUUGGAUUUGGAUUUGGAUUUGCGUUUGGGGCCUCCUGGGAGUCACUAUAACGACUUGAAGUUGCGGUUGAUGGGUCCCACUUUGGCCGGCUGUUAAUUCUUUAGUUAUUCAUUCAGAUUACAUACAUGUUCAUAUAUCAUCAGUAGGUUUUUUUUUUUUUCCCCCUUUUUUGUUGGGUCUAGUAGUACUUCCGGAUUCUUUUAUAAUAUUUUGAUAUAUAUCUUUUGUAUUGAUCAUGUUUAUAUUGGGAUAUAGAGAAUUGGGGAUUCCUUUUCUUCUU